UCUGAACGUUUCAUGCCAUGAAUAAAGAAUUCUUCUUCCCCAAUUCCUCUCUAGUGAACUUAAGUUCGAACUUGUAAUUUGUACUGUUUCUCGUUAUCUCUUCUUGUAUAUUUGGUAGAUAACCUGAUCGGUAACACUAUUCAGCUACUUCACGGUCUAGACAAAUUGAUCUCGUACAUUAGAUGUCACGGCUAUCGCAAACAAUAUGAGACUCCGACUGGUCUCACCCGUCGUGUGCACCGACCGACCGAUCAAGGAAACGAAGCACCAAGCGGACCUGGUUAUCGAAUCUUCAAGAGGACGCCACUGAUCGCAGAAAAAAACAAUUGGCUCCUGGUUAUCUUCUCCUGUAGGUAUAUUACCUUUUUUGGAUGUCAAAUAUGCUCUUCUGAUAUACGCCCAUAAAGACAGAGAUCCAUCAAAGAUUAACAUUAAAGUCUACUACAAUGAUAGAAUCAACUUCAGGAGAUUAAAGACUUAAAAGACAAAUCUUGACAAGGUCAAUGUGAUCUGAACUAAAGACACAUGGAUGAGAACUAUAUCCAUGAUCCAUCUACUUCAUUGACUAGAAGUAUGACUCUUGUUUGUACAUCAUGAUUUAGAAACAUAUAAGAUUAAAAGUCAAAAUGCCGCUACAUGAAGAUGGAAGCAGAAGCUCUAACGAAAAUGCCCCUGCUAAGGUUGUGAUAUGAUUAUAGUUGGUCGUUACUACACACGAGAGCUAAUUAUCAUCUUCCUCCGAUUGUACUAUAUUAUUGAUAAUGCCCAGAAAGCUUUCAGGAUUCUACCAUGUCUCCGAGAAGAACAGGUAUCUUCCUCUGGCUCUUCCAGCAAACACAAAUCUCCUCCACAGGCCUCCAGUGGGAAAGAAAAAGAUGAACAUAAGACCUUGAAAAUCAGAAGUUAUACUCUUCUCCAGAGUAGGAAAUUGUGUGGCCAGUUGAUAACUAACAGGAAAGGGAAGUCCAGUUUUCAAAUUGAAUUCCAGAAGAGGCGAGCUUCACAACCUAUGAUUUGGAAGUAUCUUGGCACAAAGAAUUGUAGAUAAUGUUAUGGACCAGACAACACUUGUUGGUGUAGAAAGUCCUCAAGGCAUUCUCGAAACAGAGCUUUUGUUGACCAACCGUGCGAAUGAGCUGUUUUGGUAUGUCUAGAAAAUAGUCAAAACUUAAACCGCUAAUGAUUUAUGAUUUUCUUGUUUGUUAUUGGUGGAACCAAUCUGUUAAAUUUGUUACCCUUAAUAUUGUGCUACAAGAAUUGUCCAUUGCUUAUAAAUAAACGGAUUUUGAAGAGUGCUACCUCUUGAAAUUAUGGAUGUCAUUGUUUCAUCUUC